CCCUCACCCCUAGCCUGUGCUGGCUCCGAAGCCUGGCCAGGAAGAAGGAGGCCUGGCCAGCCAGCCAGCCAGCCGGGCACACACACAGUUAAUCCUCGGAGGCUGCUGUUUGGAUAAAAUGCGCUGGGAGCGUUCUAGGCUCCUCAGCAGCUCACAUCUGGCUGGGGUUUGCUCUUUACGUGUUUGUCCCGCUUUUUUCCUCUCUUCCUUUACUUUUGAGAAACCACGUUUCCGCUCUGACCACAGAGACCUUGGAGCCAGCCGGGGAGAUAAAGGUGCUGGGACAGGGCUGCUGCACUGGCACCCCCACCCCCGCCCUUUCGGAGCCUUCUUUCCGGGGGCUUUUUCCUUGCUCUCUCUCUUUGACAAGUCUGUCAAGGCUCCCCCACCCCUCCGACCUGGCGGGGAGGAGGCUCAGCCACUGGGAGAUGGUGUAACAGGCUCCGGGAAAGCCUGGAGAGGCGGUGGAGGACGAGGCUGGUGCAGCUGGCUCGGCUCUGAAGGAGGGCACGGUGGGAAGAUGGGCUCUUGGGGACAGGGACUUGUGCUGGGAUGCUGCUUGCUGCUGGCCUUUGUCUGGGGCCCAGUGCUGAGCCGUGUGCCACGAGGACAGCAGGAACGGCAGGAGCAGGAGGGGACCCAGAAGCCGCCUCCCCCGAUGGACCAUACUGAGAGGGAUGAAGACAAACAGGAGAAAUACAGCCCCAACCUGGGCGAGGAGCUGCCUGCUUCCCGGUGCUUUCGCUGCUGUGACCCCGCAACCUCCGUGUACCAGGCGAUCCCAGUGCCCCAGAUCAACAUCACAAUCUUGAAAGGUGAGAAGGGUGACCGAGGAGAUCGUGGCCUUCAAGGGAAAUAUGGCAAGACAGGCUCUGUAGGUGCCAGGGGUCACAUCGGACCCAAAGGGCAGAAGGGGUCGAUGGGAGCCCCUGGAGACCGGUGCAAGAACCACUAUGCAGCCUUCUCAGUGGGCCGGAAGAAGCCCCUUCACAGCAAUGACUACUACCAGACAGUGGUCUUUGACACCGAGUUCGUGAACCUCUACGGCCACUUUAACAUGUUCACAGGCAGAUUCUACUGCUAUGUGCCUGGCAUCUACUUCUUCAGCCUCAAUGUACACACGUGGAACCAGAAGGAAACCUACCUGCACAUAAUGAGGAACACGGAGGAGGUGGUGAUCCUGUAUGCCCAGGUUAGCGACCGUAGCAUCAUGCAGAGCCAGAGCCUGAUGCUGGAGCUGCGGGAGCAGGAUGAGGUGUGGGUGCGCCUAUUUAAGGGCGAGCGUGAGAACGCCAUCUUCAGUGAUGAGUUUGACACCUACAUCACCUUCAGUGGCUACUUGGUCAAGCAUGCUGCCGAGCCCUAGCGGUGCCCGUUGCUGCAUGCCAAAUACUGCUGAUCUACUCUCUUCUUGCCCUCUGCCCACACCUGCACCCUACAAACCCAGGGGUCCAGGGCCAGGCUGACUCCAACAUCUACUUUCUCUAGUCCUGGCUCCUUUGCCCUCUGCUUCCCCAGCUUUGGCAUCGACAAGACACCCUUGAUGGGUUGGAAGUCCAAAUGGCCUUAUGGGCCCAGCUCUGACCACCCCUGUCAGCAGAGAGCUGCUAGCAGAUGAAGAGCAGGACAGUGCAGGACCUCCAACUCCCCUGGAUGUAUACAGCCUUAAGUGACCUGGUGUUGCAUGGUCCACAGCAUGGGCCUCUGCUCCCACUCCUGGAAGUAAUUAAGCAAAUGCUAAAGGUUCCAAAGGAGUGAAGUCAACCUUGGAGACUAAAGAAAAGUGCUGUUAUUUUUGCUUUUUCAGCCAGUUGGCUCUGUUAGGGAGCAUGUUUUCACUGGAGGUCACCUGAGACACCAUGGAAGAACAGAUUUAAAGGGGAAACAUGGGUGCUGAGGGAGGAGCUGUGUUCCCAGGGAUCCAGGAGACCAACCAAUCACAUGUGGCUCAAUUAUAUUAGGCCACAUACAAACCUUCUUGGGAGACUGCUGGACUGAUGUCCCUGUCUUGCUGUUGUCACUGUGGCCUUGAGAGAGGAUUCAGCAGGUUUUUCUGAGCCACGUUAGUGAGGGUGCUAGGGCUUGGGGCACUGAGUGUCAGCUCCCUAGAGGGACAGACAUACCCUCUGCCCUUGGCUCUGGGUUGGCAGAAGCAGUCUGAGUGUUUCAGCUUAUGGACUCCUGACAGUGGCUGGGGACCUCAGGGACUACCCCCAGGCCUGCCGAUGUCUCUAUGGGGAGCAAAGCUCCCAGUGGCUCCAAACACCAUUCCUCUCCCCCAGGCCACCCUGGAGCCCUGGGUGGGAUUUCCGUGCUAGCAUCUCAGGCAUCAGCUUCCUAUUCCUCCUCCCAGGCAGGUCAGCUGCAAAAGGACCACAGCCUUGAUUCUGUUUCUAUCAACCCACCUCAUACCACCUCAGUCCUGUUUCCUCAAGCUCAGCAUCCCCAUCUCACUUUUGCACCAGACACCAUGCCCUUCAUCCAGCCCUGCUGCCAGCAGUGUAAGGCAACACAGAGGGGCUUUUUCUGGGCUCCAAGACAGGGGAGAGCAGGAAGGUGCUGGAAAGUCCCUCUCCCAUUUGUUUCUGGGGCUUUCACUGGGUCAGUCCUGGGGCCAGAGCAAAAGAGGAAACAGUAAUCUGGCCACUGGGGGUCCACUCUUUCUCUGAAGGGUAGAAGGUCUGGAGAGGCAAGUGCCCCGCAGCUCUUUCAGGACUGCUGGGAGCAGCAUCACGUUCCCUGAUCUCAGGCGACUGCCAGUCCUUCCAACUCACUCCACAUUGGUGCUCAGGGUCCCAGCUUGCUCUGCCCCCAGCUCCACUCUUUGGUCCCUACCCCACCAGCGUGGUCCUUCCUUCCUGCUGCCUGGAGAUCCUUGGCUCUAACCCACGCUUCCUCCCUCUGGGGCCUGGCUGCUGGGUUGUGGGGUCCGAAGUGCCCCCCUUUGAAGGCCCUCUGCUGGUCAGACUGUACAAGCCACAUUUCUGUGCGACGGUUGCCUGGGCCCCACACUGCUCUUUCCAGGAAACAUUAAACUUGGAAUCAUGAUUUGAGCA